AUGGCUGCCAUAACCUCGUUCGGAAAUCUGUCUGUGAAGCUGCAAAGCAACGCCUUCAUUGGCCAGAGGCUUAGAAGUACUGCAGUUCCGACUUGUCAGGUAUCGCAUGGCCGGCCAGCGUCGUUGGCGGUGAGAGCUGAGGCAGCGGACGGCGAUCGGAAGAAGACGGGCGCCGAGCUGCGAGAGGAGUUCUUUUUGGCGGCCGCCACUGGCAAGGAGAGAGGUCUGCCCGAGGGAGCGUUUCUGAACGACAAUGUGGUGGACGGGCCCAUGGUGGACAUCACGUGGGAGCCGUACGGCGACACCUGCAGCGCGCCGGAGGGUUCCAGUCUGCUAAAGGCGGCUGUCGACGCGGGUGCCUUGACGAUUGACAACCGCUUCUGCCUCACAGGGCAAUGUGAUGUUUGCAUCAUUGAGCUUGACGGCGAGGGGUUGGAGGAGAGUGCGCGCGAGGAGCUGAGUCGGCAGGCCGCACAGCACUGGCGGGAUGGCGCCCUCGCGGCAGAUCUUCGUCUUGCUGACAUGCGCAUGAGGCGGCGAGGGCUAGAAGACGUCUUCCUUGCUCUGCAGGUGGUGAAGAGCCUUCACUCCGCUAUAGUCACACUGCUUCGCCCCGACGCCCUUCCUUCUACUGCCUCAUCCACGCCUGCUUCCACACCCUCCAACACUCCUGCCACCACCACAAGAAGAAGCAGCACCGCACUGCACCCAUCGGCACCCCUUCAAGAUAGCUCAGCUGCAUCCACCCCAUCCACCAGCCAAGCCGCCAUACCACCGUCCCCCUCACAACCGCUUCCUUUGAUGGACUCUCAGAGCGAGGGUGCAGAGGGGAGUAGAUUGGAGGAGGAUGGGGAGGAGAGGAGGUCUGUGAGCACCAAUCCCCUCACGCCACGUCAGCGGCAGCAUCCGCUAUCCACACUGUCAUUCAAGACGCUUGCUGCACUUGACGAGCUGUACCGAGAGAUCGGCCCACACUCCCUCACACCGUUGGAGGGGGAGGAGGACGGGGAGGAGGAGGAGUGGGGAGUGCUGGGAGUGGGGGGCGAUGACAGCACCACAGAGGAGCUGGGCUUCCUGCUGGCAGCACUGGUGGACAUGGGGGAGGUGAGCAGCAGCUACGGCUUGGCUCUGCUGCACCGCUGCUGCGCCUCCCCCCACGUCGCUCUGCGCCUGACGGCCGUUGACGCCCUCUCCAGCGCUCCCUCCCUCUCCGCCCUUGGGAAUGCCGGCUGCGCCGUGCUGCAGACGCUGACAAAAGAUGCGGAUCCGGAGGUGGCAGAAGCAGCAGCCAUGGCGAUAGCACAGCUGCAGGAGAAAUGGCAGCAGCAGCAGCAGCAACGGGAGGAGGAGGAGCAGGGCGGGGCAGCAGGCACGGGUCCAUCUGGUGCCUUGUCGCUGGAGCAGGCAUUCAGUCGUGCCGCCGCCAAGUGGCAACACGCCAGUUCCGGUGGUGCCACUGAUGACGAGCAGACAGAUGAGAGCACAGAUGGCGGUGUGGAUGGCAGUGAGGAUGGUGACACGGCGCAGUGGCGGAGCGAGCGACGGUGGUGCGCGGAGUGGGUUGGGACGCGGGGAGGCAUGGCGGACGAGGAUGUGGUGGAGGUGCGUGGAGCGGAGGGCGACGAGCAGGGCGAGGUGAAGGACGGAGCAAGCGAUUACGAGGACUACGGCGACGAUGACGUGGAUGAUGUCGUGGAUGAUGACGUGGAUGAUGACGUGGAUGAGGAGGAGGAAGAGCAGGAGGAGGUGGAGGACGAUACGCAAGGGGGGGUUGAGGAGGAGGAGGAAGUACAAGAGGCGGACACCCCGCGGGGCCGCGACAGCCCGUACAAGGCGAGUCGCUGCCUCCGCGACGCGUGGUUUUCGGACGAGGAGGGGGAGCGCAAGCGCCUGGGGAUCUUCGCGCCCGCCUCCCCGCGGGAAGCCUCAUCGUCCGCGUCCGUCCCCGCUACAGUGCGCUGCGGUAUCUGCUUUGACGACCACCCUCUAGAAUCGACGGUCGUGAUGGCGCUGUGCGGGCAGCACCGCUACUGCGUGCCCUGCUGGCAGACCUACGUGGCAUCCGCCAUUGCUGACGGGGCGGGGUGCCUGUCGCUGCGCUGCCCUGCGCCCAAGUGUGGCGCAACAGUGGAGGAUGCGCGCAUCCUCGCGCUCCUCGCGGACGCUGCUGCGCCCGCCCAUGGGGACGCGCUGGGGGAGGGGCGGGGGGAAGCGGGUGGGGAAGGGGACGUGUGCGCCGAGAAGGGGAAGGGGAAGGAAGCGGGAGAUGGCAGGGGAGCGGAUACAGCAGGAGCAACAGCAGGAGCAGCAGGAGCGGGAGGCACAGAAGUCAGUUCCCGUGAGGCUGCGGCUGGUGGUGCUGCUGGUUCGUCCCAGAGUGUUGGGCGCGGUGGCAAGGCGCGGAGGGUCAAAGGCGCGCCCGCUGCGCCCCUGCCUGCUGCUGCUGAGCCCGGAGGCAGGGAGGCUGCGGCUUGUGGCUCGGGCGCACAGCAGACAGCAGCAGCAGCGGCGGAAGCACCAGUGCAGUCAGCAGCAGCGGCAGGGGGGGCAGCAGCAGCAGGCGGGGCAGCAGCAGCGGGGGUUGGCGAAGAUGAGGGCAGCGGAGCAGCAUUCCCGUGUGGGGCAGGGGUGGCGGCAGCAGAAGCGCAGCGGUACAGGCGGUACCAGCUGAGGUCGUUUGUGGAGGCGAGUGAGAGCGUCAAGUGGUGCCCCUCGCCCGGCUGUGACUUCGCUAUCCACUCCGAAGGCGGCGGCCCCACCCCCCGCGCCCUGCCAGGCGCGGGGGCGCGCGGGGGGAAGCUGAAGGGGGUGAUGGCGGAGGAGGAGGAGGAGGGCGGCAGGGGAGGGGCGGUGUGGGGCGGGAGCAGGAGCCGGGACGUGCGGUGUGCGUGUGGGCAUGAGUGGUGCUGGCACUGCCUGCAGGAGCCCCACCGCCCUGUGGACUGUGAACUCGUGCGCAAAUGGGGCGUCAAAAACAGUGCGGAGUCGGAGAACAUGAAGUGGAUUCUGGCCAACAGCAAGGCGUGUCCGCGGUGCCAGCGGCCGAUCGAGAAGAACCACGGGUGCAUGCACAUGACGUGCUCGCCGCCCUGCCGCCACGAGUUCUGCUGGUUGUGCCUCGGCGACUGGAAAGAGCACGGCGAGGGCACCGGGGGGUUCUACGCCUGCAACCGCUACGAGACCAGCAAGAAGAAGGGCGAUUACAACGUGGAGGAGGAGCGGCGGCAGCGGGCGCGGCAGUCACUGGAGCGGUAUCUGCACUACUUUGAACGCUGGGCCAGCAAUGAACAGUCAUGGCGCCGCGCCCAGGAGAGCCUCAAAGAGGUGGAGCAGCACCAAGCGGAGCAGCUGAGGGGGCUGAUGGGCCUGCCAGCAGCGCAGAUGAAGUUCCUAUCGGAGGCAUGGCAGCAGAUCAUAGCGUGUCGCCGCAUGCUCAAGUGGACCUACGCCUAUGGCUUCUACCUCUCCGACCACCAGCCUGCUCGCCGCAACCUCUUCGAGUACCUCCAGGGGCAGGCGGAUGCGGCGUUGGGGUGGUUGCACAAGGCAGCAGAGAAGGAUGUGGAGGCGUUCGUCCCCUCGCACUUCAAAGGCUCCUUCGAUGCGCACGCCGCGCCCUCCCCCGUCGCCCUCUCCCCCCAGCACCGCCUCUCCGAGUUCCUUGCCUUCCGCUCCCACCUCACGCGCCUCACGGCCGUCACCCGCACCUUCUUCCAUAACCUGGUAACCGCGCUCGAAUCCGGGCUGUCGGAGAUUCCCGAGGAUGUGCCCAAGGGGGAGGGGGAUGUGGGUGUGGGGUCGAGCAAGGGGGUGGGAGAGGGCGGAGGAGCGGAGGGUGGGGAGGGCGAGGAGGGGAGGAAGAGGCGGAGGAGUGGUAGUGGGGUGAACCAUGUGCAUUUUGCUGAUGGGGGAAUGGUGGGGGAUGGGCGCGGGGGAGUGAGGAUGCGCGUGGAUGGGGGGAUGGCGGGAGGGGUGAGCCUUGGUCUGGUGCAGGGGCAGGGGCAGGGGCAGGGGCAGGGGCAGGGAGCAGGUGGGGGAGGCGCAGCAGGGGAAGGGGAGUACUGGUCGUGCAUGCACUGCACUUAUGGCAAUCCCACCAGCGCUGGCAGCACCGUGUGUCGCAUGUGCCACCUGCCCCGCCACCCCCACUGA